CCUGGAGCUAGUGGGCUGGCAACGGUCACAAGAUUUAAAAUUUGAGAAACAAAAGCUUUUCAAAGAUUCCUUUUAACGGUGCUCUUGGAAGAGCGUAUAUGCAUUAGAUUAUACAUGGACACAAAAAGCAAAUCCGUGAGCCUAACUAAGAGAGGUUUUCUGCACUUGACUAACUUCAUGAGGAUGAUGAAAGCUGUGAAGAAGCUUAAAUUCUGGUCAAGAAAGAAGAGAAGAAAGAACCAUGUCCAUGAGCCCUAUUACCCUCCCUCAACAUGUCAUUGUGGUCACUCAUACUACUCAACUCAGCCAUCUGCUCCACCCUUACCACCAUGGCUUGACCUCGAGCAGACCUGUCACCCCAUUCCAUCACCUGUAAUCCAUGCCCUCCCAGAUUUAACUUUUCCAAGUCAAAAUCAACUAUCUCAACAGGAGAUUGUCUUCGAAACGACUUCAAUUAUGCAUCCAGUAAUGCCUGCUGCCACCACAUCUUAUCAGCAGUACAUGGCUCCCAAUCCUGUCUAUGGCGUCCCUCUUGUGCAGACAACUAGAAGAGAGAGAAGGGCUGGAUUUUUUGGGUGUGUUAUAAACUUUGGCAUCCAUCUCAUCCGCUGCUUCUGUCCGUGUGUUCGCAUUCGAGAGGUUUAGUAAAAAUAUUGCAAUGAGCCAAUUAUCAUCUUGCUCAAUUUGGGACCAACAAGGUGCAGUUCAAAUAUCUACUCUUUUAACACUAGAAGCUUUCAUGUGUAGAUGUCUUGCUCAAAUAUGUGUUCUCUUCCUUUCCAAAUAAAUUUAUUUUGAAAAUGUUGCAGUUUUCGAUUAUGUUAGAUGUUGCUACCACUAUUGAAAGAACUUGUAAUCCUUGUUUAUUGUAUAAUUUUAAAUGUAACACGUGGAUAUUGAUAA